AUGCACGAAGUGGAGGAUGGCAGCGAGGCGAACCUCUGCACGGCUUCCCGGAUCGUCGCCUCCAAGUCCGUGGAUGUGGCGGAGGUCGAAGGCGCCAAGGAGCAGGCCUCCAAGCUGUGCGGCUACUUGAACAAACUGUCCGGCAAGGGGCCUCUGAGGGGGUACAAGCCGCGGUGGUUCGUGUAUGAUCCCAGGAAAUGUUACUUGUAUUACUUCAAGACUCCCCAAGACGUCCUGCCUCUCGGACACAUCGAAGUAGGCGAUGCGUGUUUCAUCUACGACGUGGAGGCGGAGGAGGGUCAGUUUGAGAUCCGCACCGGAGAGAAGGAGUUUCUGCUCAAGGCCCCCAGCAAGCAGGUGAUGCAUUACUGGCUCCAGCAGUUGCAGCAGAAACGUUGGGAGUACAGUAACACCCGAGGCACAGGUCAGAGAGACAGUUGGAGCUCACCGACGCUGGCCUAUCCUCCCACUGGCCUUGUAGGCAAAGAUAAUGAUGCUAUUUUUUUUGAGAAGCCCUGUGAAAGCAUGGAGAAAGUCCGCAGUGACUUUGCCAUGGAGACGGAAUCAGAUGGUGGAGGAAUGGUGGGGAUCCAGUCAGCCAGAGGACCCUCUGCUGCAUCCAACAAUCCCCUCAACUUCUCCCUGAAAAACUUUGGUACAGAGCUCAGGAACUCCAUGUCAUAUCUGCGGCCGGGCAGAGCAGGUGAAAACAGACGCAGUGUGUUUUACACCGGGAACAACAACAGCAGCGCAGAUGAGUGGGAGAUGGUGGAUGCUCCACCCAAGGACUUCUCGGAUCAGAAACAUCAUUCAGAUACACACAGACAUUCCUUUGGAUCGGCGUUUACUUUCGAUUUUGUGCGUAACCCCUCGCGGGCUAAGAGGCCUUUGCUUCGAGACAUGAUGGGCUCUGGAAGAUUCGGUCGCAACGCUGAGACCCGUAGUGCUGAAAACUCGGCAGUGGAGUGUAACGGCAGCAAACCUUUGGAGAUGCAGCUUCGUCUCCAGAGCCAGCAGGAAGAACUGAGUCAGAUGCAACAGGAACAGGUCAAACUCCGAGAAGAGCUGGCCAGUCAGAAGGAGCUGGUGAGACUUCUGCAACAGACUCUGAGAACCUCCCAGUGUGACAGGCCGACAGUCCGCCGUCCAAGCCAGCCUCCAGAUUCAUCAGCAGCCCCCGACCAGCCCCAAACUCCAGAAGCACCCCAGGAUGGAGUCACGCAGUUGGAGGCCCUGCUUCAGGAAAGAGACGAACAGGUUCAGUCCUUGUGCGUCCACAUGGAGCGUCUCGCCCUGGAGAAGGAGAGUCUGCAGCAGGAGUUGAAGGGCCUGAAAAUCAAGGUUGGGGAGAUUAACGACCAGCUGGGAAUGCUGAUGGAGACGAUCCAGGCAAAGGAUGAAGUCAUCAUGAAGCUGUCACAGCAGAGUUCGGAGCAGAGCGGAAACCCAAAUGAUGGCAGUUCACCACCACCUCAUAAAGAGCAGCAGGAGGUUGACAUCCUGAAGGACAGUCUUCAAGGAUACAAAUCUCAGAACAAAUUCCUGAACAAAGAGAUCCUGGAGCUGACAGUCUUGCGCAGAAAUGCAGAGAGCAGAGAAAAGGCUUUAGAAGCAAAGUGUACGGCCCUGGAGGCCAAGCUUUGUCAAGUGGAGAGUAAGUAUUUGGUGCUGCUUCAAGAGGUGAAGACUCCAGUCUGUUCAUCUUCAGAGCAGAGUCCUGCCCGAGAGGUCAUUUCCAGAUUAUUAGAGGACGCACUGCAGGUGGAGAGCCCAGACCAGCACGAGCACCACAUCUUCAAACCAAACACUGUCAGUGAGUAUGAUGUGUUCGGCUUCAAGACGGUCCCUGAGGAGGAGGAAGAGGAGGAGAAGCUGGUUGCGAAGGUGAGAGCCUUGGAGCUGAAGUCUCUGUCCAUGACGGACCAGGAGGUGUCCGUCGGGGUGAAGUGGGAGAACUACCUGGCCAGCACCAUGAACAGAGACCUGGUUCGCUCCCCCGAGCUCAAGUCGCUGGUUCGCUGCGGUGUUCCCCACGAGCACCGAUCCCAGGUGUGGCGCUGGUGUGUCUCCUUCCAUGUCAAGAAGUUCAGAGACCAGCUGGCACCAGACUAUUAUGAGACGUUACUGAACGUGGCCCGGGAGAGACCCAACCCGGCGUCGAAGCAGAUCGAGCUGGACUUGCUGCGUACUUUGCCCAACAACAAGCACUACGCCUCCCCGAGUGCAGGCGGCAUCCAGAAACUCAGGAACGUGCUGAUGGCUUUCUCCUGGAGGAAUCCAGAUAUCGGCUACUGUCAGGGACUAAACAGGCUGGCAGCAAUCGCCUUGCUCUAUUUAGACCAAGAGGACGCCUUCUGGACACUUAUAGCAAUUGUGGAGGUCUUCAUGCCAAGAGACUAUUACACCAAGACUCUGCUCGGCUCACAGGUUGACCAGCGUGUGUUCAAAGACCUGAUGAGUGAGAAGCUGCCGCGGCUUCAUGCCCACUUUGACCAGCACAAAGUCGAUUUCUCCCUCAUCACCUUCAACUGGUUCCUGGUGGUGUUUGUGGACAGCGUCGUGAGCGACAUCCUCUUUAAGAUCUGGGACGCCUUUCUGUUCGAAGGACCAAAGAUCAUAUUUCGUUUCGCCCUCGCUCUCUUCAAGUACAAAGAAGAGGAGUUUUUGAAGCUGCAGGAUUCCACAGCCAUCUUCAAGUAUCUUCGUUACUUCACGCGCACAAUCCUGGACUCAAGGAAACUGAUGAACAUCGCAUUUGUGGACAUGAACCCGUUCCCCAUGAGGCAAAUCCAGAACCGGCGCUCCUUCCAUUUGGAGAAAGUCCGUCUGGAGCUGACGGAGCUGGAGGCGAUCAGACAGACCUUCCUCAGAGAGCGCGAGACGAGUCAGGACAGACGCAGCUUCGUCAGCGACGAUGAGGAGGAUAACUGACCCUGAGCUCAUCACGUUUCCAAGCCGUGCGGCUCAAACAUGAAGACAGAGAUCUCCUCCACUGACCAGUGAAGUGUUGCAGUCGCAAAGGGAGUUUUUCGCCAUUUAGUCGGUGGAGUUGGUCUCUGCAUCAGAGCUGGAACAGUCGACUUUCUCUACAUUACAGUCAAAUUGCAACAAAGGACCAAAACAUUACCGGCCGUGCGGGCUUUUUAUCAGUAUUCCUGCCAUUUUUUAAAUAGUGUAAACGCCUUACAUGCUGUACUCUUGUGUGUUUUAUGUGAUGACCAAUACAGUAUGCUUCACCUGUGGCUCUUCAGUGCCAAACUCACCUUUGCAGUCCGAAUCAGUAUUUUGAAACACUUAGCUCUUACAAGUUGGUGAUUUUUAUGCCUGUUGAAGGAAUUUUUGCAUUUUUUUGAGCUUUAGUUCUCAUUAGAAUUCAGACUUUGUGCUUUUUUUGCGCCCAAUUCCUUGCUUAAAUCUCUUAUUGUUUACCUAAAUCUUUUUUUUUAUUCUAAAAAUUGUCACUCUGCAACACGUCUCUGUCUUUUGAUGCACUUAAAUCACUUAAUGCUGAAGUGAAAUGUUGCUGAAACUUACGUCUUAAGGCCAUCAAAACUGUAUGCAUAUUUCACAGCUGUAUGUAGUUGAAAUACUGCAGAGGAUUACAAUGAAAAUAAGGAUUGAAAACAGAAUGUUGAGUUGCAUCAACAACAUGUAGAAUGUUCUGUGGAAGACUCUGCUUGUAUUUUUAUAUAUACGCAGCAUUAGUAUAUAUCACACUAAUGUACUAGUAUAUAUCAUACUAAUACAGCGUCCAGUCCAGUUUUUAUCUAAACUUAUUUGGCACUUUUUUGCUCAGAUCAGUAUGAUUUUAAAUAUAUUGCCAAAUUAUUAUGAACACCAUUUAAUAAAGACAUAUCAUGAAAAGGUCACACUUAAAUUUGUACUGACAGCUCUUGAUUGCAUCAGUUUACUUACUUUUAGUAUAUUCCAAUUUUUUCCCAAGUGUUAUUCUUGAUUAUGUUCAAAGGAUCCACUUUCCCCUUGUAUGAUGCUGGGAUUUUUUUUCUGAGCUCCGACCUCGGCAUGCUGUUGUAUUUGCAUUCACUGUCCUCAGUGUGGCAGUAUAACCUUUAUCUCCCUGCAGGUUAAACUCACUCACAGGUACCUUCCACACAGUGUGACUGUAGGUAAUCUGAAAUGACUGUGAGGUCAGUCUGUCUGUUGAUUGUUGUGUGAAAGUGGAAAUAUGGUUUGGAAACUAUGAGGGAAGUAUUUCACGGGAUUUUUUAGUUAUGUGUAGCAAAAUCUUUCUCUCUUCCAUGUUCAGGUACUUACAGACUCUUUAUCACUGUGACUAUAAUCUCUAUGUUUCCUGUUUUUAGCAUUUAACAAACCAGAAUGGGAAAAUUGAUAUUCUGGACAUCAGAAUAUCUUUAUGUUUGUUUAAUCAACUGUGUUGGAACUCGUUGAAUGGGAUUCUACAAGAGAGGGACAUGUUUCUCACCUUCUCUUGUGUGCUGAUGUGUUGUUUACAGCUUGUUGUCUUUAUUCCUAAUUUACUUCGAGUGUUUACAGAAAUCUCUUUACUAUCAAAUAGAAAAUCAACCACUUUUCUUCUGUCAGCCAUAGUGUUCAAUCUUUUUUUUUCUUGUACUACCUGAACUUGUGGACGAAUGGCAGAAAUGAGUUUGUUUUGAUGAUUGAAAUAGAAAUGUAAAGGUAGAAAUGUAAUUCUUUAUGAGAGCUGGUCUCUCUGGAGAUCCAAAAUCCCAAAGUUAAUGGUUUAAGAUUGAACAUUUUCUUAUGUAAACCUACACUGUCAAAAGGCUCAUACGGCAGGUGUCCAUGUUUACUCAGUGCACAGCUUCUCUUCUUAGGCUAGUCUCUGCAUGCAUUUUUAAUAUUUUGUGCCACAUUGAAUAAGCUACAUUUAAAACUAUCGUCCUUUUCUUCUCUCCUCUCCUACUUUCCUCUCUUUGUUUUGCUUUUCUCUGCAGUUUAUUGCACAAAGGUGAUGACAAAAUUAAUUCAGAAUGGCAUAGGGCACUUCGCUUUGUUUUUUUUUGUAUGUAAAUCUCACUAAAUGUCCUAUCCUGUUUGUUACUAAUCAGUAUCAUUUAAUGUUGAAAACUGCAAAGCUUUUAUGUUUCACAAUUGCAUAUAUGCUGCCUUAUGUUUUUGUAAAACCAGUUAAAAGACAAAUUCAAUAAAUAAUGGCUGACUGAA